AUGCUCCCGUUGGAAACAAUCGGACCUUUGCCAUCUUGUAUUCAUUUAUUUUGCUGUUGGGUUGGGCACCAGGCUGUGACAGCGGCCACAAAGGCUCAGCGUGACUGGGCGCGGGUCCCUGUCAAGGAGCGUGCCCAAAAGCUCAAGCGCUGGUAUCAUUUGAUCAUGGACAACGAGGACUACCUGGCUCGGCUCAUGACCACGGAGCAAGGCAAGCCGCUGGCCGAGGCCCGCGGCGAGGUGGCCUAUGCGGCCUCUUUUGUGGAUUGGUUUGCCGAGGAGGCGUUGCGGCAGUAUGGUGAUACACAUCCACCAGGUGCUGGCAACGAGCGCAUUUACACCAUUCAUCAACCUGUGGGCGUGUGCGCAUGCAUCACGCCUUGGAAUUUCCCCUUGGCAAUGUUAACUCGCAAGGCAGGACCAGCCUUGGCUGCGGGCUGUGCUAUGCUUGCCAAACCCGCCGCAGCUACGCCGCUGAGUGCUCAAGCAAUUAGCGCGUUGGCUUAUGAGGCCGGCAUACCCGAGGCCCUGUUUCCCGUCCUCACUUGUGAUCAUGAACACUCUUCUGCCAUUGGCGAGGAGCUCACAACUAACCCAGCAGUGCGGAAAAUUUCCUUCACUGGCUCUACGCAUGUUGGUAGCAUCCUCAUGAAACAGGCUGCCGGUACGAUCAAGCGCACCAGCAUGGAGCUUGGAGGCAACGCUCCCUUUAUCGUCAUGGAUGAUGCCGACAUCCCUGCUGCAGUCGAUGGAGCCAUCAAAUCCAAGUUUCGUAACUCGGGUCAGACGUGCAUUUGUGCCAACCGUUUCUUCGUUCAGGAUGCUGUACAUGAUCGCUUUGUCCAGCUUUUGCACGACGCAAUGCGCGAGCAAUUGAAGCUAGGCAACGGGCUUGAAGACGGUGUCACGCAGGGCCCAUUGAUCGAUGAAAGUGCUGUUCAAAAGGUUGAAGAGCUGGUCCAAGAUGCCCUUGACAAGGGUGCAACGUUGGUGGCCGGUGGGCGUCGCGUUGAACCCAACGCCUGGUUUUUCGAGCCGACUCUUUUGACUGACGUGUCAAGCGAAAUGAAGAUUGCCCAAGGGGAGAUCUUUGGUCCCGUUGCUGCCAUCCAGCGAUUUAGCACCGAGGAGGAGGCGCUGCAGCGCGCAAACUCUACCGAGCUGGGACUGGCCAGUUAUCUCUUUACCAAAGACAUUGACCGAGUUUAUCGGAUGAGUGAAGGUUUGGAGUUUGGUAUGGUCGGUGUCAACACGGGUCUGAUUAGCAACGCAGGCGCACCCUUUGGCGGCGUCAAGCAAGCAGGUGUGGGUCGCGAGGGUGGCUCGCAUGGGUUGCACGAAUACACUGAGGUGAAAUACAUCAACCUCAAGCUCGGUCAGCAGUAGCAUCUCUGCCACAUCUGCAAACCCUCUUCAUGACCCCUGGAAGUGCAAACGGGGCCAUCUGUUUUCGUUUCGAGAGGCAGGUUUUGUGCGCUGCUACUGGUCAAUUGACGUCCAACAUUUG